AAUGGCAAUUCAGUCAGCUUUUUUUUCUCUUUCAUUCAGAGAGUAGUACUCCUUCAUAGUUGUCCAUGUUUGCAUUCCCAAUAAGUCACAGCAGUAGCUGUUACCCAAGAGACUAUGAAAAAAGGGAAAAUGAAAAUUGAAAAAAAGAAAAGAAAAAGUAGAGUGAGUGGAAAAAAGGAAGAAACUUUCGCUUUUACCAAACGGCACAAAGAAAAGUGAAAGACUCAAAUCUCAAUUUUGUCAGCUUCAGUUUCUAAAUUUAAGUUAAACAGUUAGUGGGUUGGUUCUUGAUUUUUUUGAUUUGGUGUAAUUUUCAUAUCUGCUUAUCUGUUACAUUCUUGAACAAGGUCAGUGGGUUUUUUGUUUGUAUCCUACUGGAGAUCUUAUGUAAUCUUUUGUGGGUCUUUUUUGGUUUUGUAUGCUCUACUGAAUCUGACUUUUCUUUUAGUGGGAAAAAAGGUGAAAGGAAUUUAAGGUUUAUUUGUUAUCAUAUCUUGAUCUUAAAGAACAGAUUUUUAUGCUUCUUAUUGUAAAAAAGAUGAACCUUUUGUGGGUGUAGAUGCACCUCUUUUAGGUUACAUCUACAAAUUAGUUCUUCUGUGUUUAUCUUUUAAAACUGUGAUUUUGAUCUCAACAAGUACAGAGUUGUAAUUUUUACUCUACAUCUUAGUCUUGUGAUUCUGAUUUCUGAAGUGGUUAGUUUAGUUUAUUGGGAAGAACCCUUUUGGCUACUGUGGAGAUCUGGGACUUAUUUAAUCUGUUAUGUCCCAUGAGAACUUUCUUCCCUUCAGAAUCUUGUAAAGAAACACACCUCAAAUCUAUUAAUCCUCAGUCAUGGCUCCAAGUUGAAAGAGGCAAGCUUUCCAAAUUUUCAUCUGAAUCUGCUUCUUCCAUAGAGACCCUGAUCAAGGUCCCUGAACCGCCAAUUCUUCCGUUUUUUAAACCUGUUGAUUAUGUAGAAGUUUUAGCAAAAAUCCAUGAACAACUCGAAUCAUGUUCCCCACAAGAGAGGUCGAAUCUGUAUUUGCUCCAGUUUCAGGUAUUUAAGGGUUUGGGGGAAGUUAAAUUAAUGAGGAGAAGCCUUCGUUCAGCUUGGUCGAAAGCAAGCACAGUAUAUGAAAAACUUGUAUUUGGGGCGUGGUUGAAAUACGAGAAGCAAGAUGAAGAGGACAUUUCUGACUUGCUUUCUACUUGUGGUAAAUGUGCAAAGGAGUUUGGGGCAAUAGACAUAGCAUUCGAAAUGCCUGCUUAUAAGAUAUUAAGCUCUCCAGGAGUUGUUACAACAAAUGAGGAUCCUUGUCCAAGAACUGUUUCAUUUAGGAUUGGUGAUGAGAAAAUAGCGUGCAAUAGGCAGAAAAUUGCCGGUCUUUCAGCUCCAUUUCAUGCCAUGCUCAAUGGUUGUUUUACAGAAUCGUUAUGCGAGGAAAUAGAUUUGUCUGAAAAUGAUAUUUCACCAUUGGCGAUGAGGGUGAUCAGUGAAUUCAGCUCAACCGGUUUAUUGGAUGAAAUAUCUGCCGAUCUUCUGUUGGAAAUAUUGGUGUUUGCCAAUAAGUUUUGUUGUGAAAGCCUCAAGGAUGCUUGUGACCGAAAGCUUGCGUCUUUAGUUUGCUGUCGACAAGAUGCUUUAGAUCUCCUGGAAUGUGCCCUUGAAGAGAAUUCCCCUGUCCUUGCUGCAUCAUGUUUGCAAGUAUUUCUACGCGAACUCCCAGAUUCUCUGAAAGACAGUCAGGUAGUUGAACUGUUAAGCAACACUACCAAGCAACAACGAUCGAUUAUGAUAGGUCCUGCCUCAUUUUCACUCUAUUGUUUGUUAAGUGAAGUUUCGAUGAACCUUGACCCUAGAGCAGAUGAAUCUGUUCGGUUUUCGGAAACACUGGUAGACUCGGCUGAAACCAGCCAACAGAAAAUGGUCGCAUAUCAUCGGUUGGGAUGCAUUAAGUUUCUUAGAAAAGAACUUGAUGAAGCUGAGCAGCUCUUUGAGGCUGCUUUUAACUUGGGUCACACUUAUUCCGUAGUUGGUUUGGCUAGAUUAGGUCAAAUAAGGGGUCAUAAACGCUGGGCAUAUGAGAAACUCAGCUCUGUUAUUUCUUCCUCAACUCCACUUGGAUGGAUGUACCAGGAGAGCUCGCUAUAUUGUGAUGGCGAGAAAAGGUUGGAUGACCUUGAGAAAGCAACUGAGCUUGAUCCCACACUGACGUAUCCGUACAUGUAUCGAGCUGCAUCUUUGAUGAGGAAACAAAAUGUUCAAGCUGCUCUUUCAGAAAUAAACAGAAUCCUGGGAUUCAAGCUGGCAUUGGAGUGCUUGGAACUCCGCUUUUGUUUCUACCUUGCUCUAGAGGACUACCGAUUAGCAAUAUGUGAUAUACAGGCAAUCCUCACACUUUGCCCAGAUUAUCGUGUGUUUGAAGGACGAGUUGCAGCAUCGCAAUUACGUACUCUUCUGCGUGAGCAUGUGGAGAGUUGGACAGAAGCUGAUUGUUGGCUGCAGCUGUAUGAUAGAUGGUCUUCAGUUGACGAUAUUGGAUCUCUUUCAGUAAUAUACCAGAUGCUCGAGUCUGAUGCAGCAAAAGGUGUUCUGUACUUCAGACAGUCUCUGCUUCUCCUCCGAUUAAAUUGUCCAGAUGCAGCGAUGAGGAGUUUACAUUUGGCUCGCCAGCAUGCAUCUAGUGAACAUGAACGUUUGGUCUAUGAGGGAUGGAUCUUAUAUGAUACUGGCCACUGUGAAGAAGGUCUACAGAAAGCUGAAGAAUCUAUUAGCAUCAAGAGAUCUUUUGAAGCAUACUUUCUGAAAGCCUAUGCUUUAGCUGACUCUAGCCCUGAUGCAUCUUGUUCAUCAACUGUCAUAUCACUUCUUGAGGAAGCUUUGAGGUGCCCUUCGGAUAGGCUUCGCAAGGGUCAGGCCCUGAACAAUCUUGGCAGUGUGUACGUCGACUGCGGUAAAUUGGAUGCUGCAGCUGAUUGCUACAUUAAUGCCCUUAAAAUUCGGCAUACCCGGGCUCACCAAGGUCUUGCUCGUGUCCAUUUCUUGAGAAAUGAUAAGGUGGCUGCUUAUGACGAGAUGACUAAACUGAUUGAGAAGGCAAAAAAUAAUGCAUCUGCCUAUGAGAAGAGAUCAGAGUACUCUGACCGUGACCGCACAAAGGCAGACCUAGAGAUGGUCACUCGUCUGGAUCCUCUUAGAGUUUACCCUUACAGAUAUCGAGCUGCAGUGCUGAUGGACAAUCACAAGGAGAAUGAAGCAAUUGCAGAACUGUCAAGGGCCAUUGCAUUUAAAGCCGAUCUUCAUCUUCUACACCUUCGCGCUGCAUUUCAUGAGCACAUAGGUGAUGUUAUGGGUGCCUUGAGAGAUUGUCGAGCAGCUCUCUCCGUUGACCCGAACCAUCAAGAAAUGCUGGAACUUCAUAGUCGUGUGAACAGCCAAGAGCCUUGAAGAAAAUGAGGCAAAUGACAAUAGGAGGGGAGGGAGUGUGAAACUGAAAAGCUUUUCCUUUUUCCCCUUUUUCACCUUCCCCCAAAAUUUUCCUCCAUUGUAUAUCAUACUGAGCCUCCUCUCCAUGUUUAUCCUAAUUCCAAAAAUUUUGUAAUAUGCUCCCAAAUUCUUUGUUAAUAUAAUUUAUAUUAAACGAAGAUCUUUACUC